GUCACUGUUGAGUUGCUGGAGGAACUAGAACUGGGAACCGGGAAAAGCAGGGUCGCUCCUGUGAUGACCAGGGGCCCUUCUCCCAAAGAUGGGAACAAAUGGAGAAAUGCAGGCUUUUCCUGCUCCUGAAUGCCCAUGGUGGCCCCACAACGCCUAGUUCCGCCUCCCAGAGAUUCUGACUGAUCCAUCGUGGAUGAAGUCCACUGCUGAUUCAAUAAGCUGUGAAGAGAAGGCUGUGGGACUCACCCCUUGGGUGCAGCAUGAAGAGAAACACUGACAGAGAGCGAAAGAAGCAAUUGAACCAGAAAGAUGUCAUUGGACUUGGCCAAAAUCCAGACGAUGGACUACUGGUUACACACGUUAACCAGACGCAGGACUUACUGAGGCUGCAGGACAAGCCCCAGCCGUCAGCUUGGGAAGACUCGGAAGAUUGGCUUUCAACUCACAGUUUAAAGUUUGAGAAGCUCACCUUGGCUGACCUGAUAAGGCAGGGCACAGCUGUGCUGGAGGAGGGCAGCAAUAUCAUGAAGAAGACGCACUUCUCCGCCCAGCUCAUCCACCAAUUUGAAUCAAAGCUGUCUGAAGCCAUUGAACUCUAUCAACAGAGAAUUCAGUGGCUCGGAGAAAACAGCAGAAAGGUAUUUGGCCUCAUCAAGGGGGCCAAAGUCGGCCUCCUCAUUGAUGUGUCAGCUGUCACCAGCAGCCCUCAGAAAGAGGAGUUCCAAAACGAUGUCCUGAGCCUCAUUGAUGAGCAGCUGAGCCACAAGGAGAAGCUGUAUGUCCUGUCCUUUGGCACCACGACCAGCGCCCUUUGGCCGGACCCCGUGGAAGUCAGCACCUCCACCCUCCAGGAGCUCACGCUCUGGGUCAAGAACCUGAAGCCCGAUGGAGGCAGCAACCUGCUACAAGCCCUGAGGAAAAUCUUCAUGCUUGAGGGGCUGAAUUCUCUGGUGACCAUCCUGGGGAGCUGCCCAGACCAGCCUGCUGAAAUCCUGUCUGACUACAUCCAACAGUCCACCAUGGGCAGGGGCCUCCUCACCCACAUCGUCACCUACAAAUGCGCCAAUCAGUUGCCCCCGGCUGUCCUGAAGAACCUUGCAGAAGCUGUCGGGGGCCGCUACCACUGUUAUAGCCCGGAAGCGGAGAUCUAUACCAGCCGGGAUGUGGACCAGCUCCUGGCCGAAAUCCAGAAGGCCCAGAGCCUCCUAGGCCACGUCCAAGCCCUGCACCCCAGCACCCCGUGCCAGGAGCUCACCAGCCUGAUGAAGGAGAUUUCCACAGAGAUGGCCAGAGGGCCACUCACAAGCCUCCUGCCUAAACCGCCAAAGCAUGAAGCUCCCCUCACAAUUGAGUUCCCAAACCUGGAGAAGACUUCUGCAGAGUGGCUAAAGGUCAAUGGCCUAAAAGCCAAGAAGCUCAGCCUCUAUCAGGUUCUGGCCCCCAACGCAUUCCCUCCCGUGGAGGAAUUUGUGCCUAUUCUCCAGAAAACGGUCUCGUCAACUAUCCACAAGAAGGCAAUGGUACAAUUUCAGUGGCAUGAUGGGACAGUGAAGAAUAUUCACGUGGACCCGCCCUUCCUCUAUGAGUACCAGAAACAGCUCGGCAGAGCCCUGCGGACGUUUGAGAGGCGGAUUGAGUGGCUGUCCCUGGCCAGCAGAAGAAUCUGGGGCACUGUCUGUGAAAAAAGGGUGGUUAUACUGCUCGAUAUCUCUGCGACCAAUUCCAUGUACAUUAUUCAUAUCCAGCACUCCCUGCGGCUCCUGCUGGAGGAGCAGCUGUCCAACAAGGAUGCCUUCAACGUCAUCGCGUUUGGAGGCACCAUUGAAAGCUGGCAGCCCGAGAUGGCUCCUGUGAGCCAGGACAACUUACAGAGCGCCUGGCGGUGGGCCCUGAGCCUGCGCUGCUGGGGCAGCAGGAACGUCCUCAGUGCCCUGCGCAAGGCUGUGGAAGUGGACUUCAAGGACAAAGACAAACACCAAUCACAGGGCAUCUACCUCUUCACCGGGGGCGUUCCCGACCAGGACAUGCACGUGCUCAGCGCUUACGUGGCCGAGGCCUGUGGCGGCUGCGACCUCCAGCUGAACGUGUGUCUCUUCUACGCGGGCGAGCCCCAGAUGGACACCAUGCCCCCUGCCUGCUACGCCAGCCGCACCGACACGGCCGCUGCCUACAGAGAGGUCACCCGGGCUGCUGGUGGCCGCUUCCACUGGUUUGGAGACACAGGCAUUUAUGAAAGUGAUGACAUCAAUGCCAUCAUGUCUGAGAUGGAAAAGGCUCUCAACUACUCCCAAAAGUGUGCCUUACUCAUGUCCUCCCUGAAGAACCAGUCAAGAAAAAAUCUGGAAAGCACAGUCCUCCCGAAAGAAAAGCCGAAGAUGCUCAAGCAAAGAAUUCAGCCUGAGAAGCUCUGUCCUUCCAAGCCCACGCCCCCCUCGGCCACCAGAAUGAGUAUUAGAGAUGACCCUGACAGAGAGCGGAGUUCCCCCUUGAAAGCCCUGACGUGGCGUCCACCCACUGGCAAAGUGGGCAUUCCACCAGCUCUAGCUCGGCCAGGCAAAGAGGGAGCUGCGGCACGGAGGAGGAAGACCAACCUGAAGGACCCAGAGCCAUCUCUCUCCCUGUUUUACACAGAGAUAGGGAACAACGUGGGCUCGGUGUACAAGAAGUACCCACCACGAAGGGGCACAAGAAGGACCAGCUCUUCUGUUGAGUUGCCCAGAAAGGAUACAGUCUGCUCAAGCCAAGAGUGGGUAGCAAAUUAUGGGCUAAAAAAACUGAAGCUGGAGAUCUCCAGACACAUCGGUCCCAAUUGCACUCAUCAGAAGUCCGGACGGACGCCGGCGGCAGCCAAGGCCUGCAGCGUCCUCCCCAGCGUAGAGGUCAACGGGAUCGUGAGACACCUUCACUGGACGCCCAGGGAAAUCGAAGCCUACAUCACGUGCCUGCAGAAGGUGAUGAGACGCUAUGUCCAGAGGCUGCAGUGGCUGCUGUCUGGGAGCCACAGGAUGUUUGGUGCCAUUUUGGAGAGGAGUGUGUGCAUCCUGCUGGACACAUCAGGGUCCAUGGGCCCCCACCUGCAGGAGGUGAAGACAGAGCUGAUCCUGCUGAUUUGGGAGCAGCUUCGGAAGCGCUGUGACAGUUUUAACCUGAUGAGCUUUGCAGAGGAUCUGCAACCAUGGCGGGACGCGCUGGUGGAGACCACAGACGCAGCAUGUCAGGAGGCCAUGCAGUGGGUGACCUGCCUGCACGCUGACGGGAGCACCUCAACUUUGCAAGCAUUACUGAAAGCUUUCAGUUUUCACGAUGUGGAAGGAUUGUACCUCCUGACCGACGGGAAGCCAGACACAAGCUGCAGCCUUAUUCUAAGUGAAGUUCAAAGACUCACGGAGGAACGAGAUGUGAAAGUGCACACGAUCUCCCUGAGCUGCUCUGGCAGGGCAGAGGCUAACUUCCUGAGAAACCUGGCCUCCCUCACCGGGGGGCGCUAUCACUGCCCUGUGGAUGAGGACACGCUCUUCCAAAUUCACGGCCUGCUGACCAGGGGCUUCGUGGAUGAAAAGGACCCCAUGUUGCCGCCAUUCGAAGGAGAUGAUUUAAGAAGAUUGGCCCAGGAGAUCACCAAGGCCAGAAGCUUCCUCUGGCAGGCCCAGUCAUUCAGGCCCACAAACCUGGGCGCCGGGGGACCAUCUUCCUUUAUCUCCUGUCCACUAGGUCCCAAUUCCAGAAGAAAAGCAACGCAGACCGGAAGGUCACUCUUUUGUAGAGAGAUCUUCUCAGAAAGGCCAUUCUACAAAGAACCGCUCGCUGAGCAUCCAAUGACCGAGGGCAAGGUGCCCUGGAAAGCUGUGACCCUCAGUCUCGGGCAUCAGGACUCCCUGGAAGCUGAGGGAGGAAGGCCCUGCCUCUCAGGGUCUACGCUGGCAUCCCUGCCCUGUCCCCCGGCCACCCUACAUCUAGUCACGAGACUGUCACCCACUGGAAAGCCUUGCACCCAGCCCCCUGCUUAGAACCCUCUGCUUAGUGACUCCCGCUCAUCUUUCAAGACACAGCUCAAAUGGCAUCAGCUCCACUGUGAAGACAUCCCUGGGACCCUCCAGCCCUCCUCCUGGAGCAUUCUGACCACACGUCCCUCUUUACAGAGGUGAUACUUAGCACUUACCACAGUGAGCACUCCACGCCAUGCUUCCUCUCUCCUUUAUCAGCCCUCCCUGAGGAUAAGGCUGGUAUCUCCCCCGUCUCUGAGUCCCCGGAACCUGCCACAUGGCAGAUACCCCGUAAGCAGCAAGCAUGCAGCUUAGUUGUGAGAGCCCAGCUCUGAAAACCAGAGGCCAGAUUCUGGCCCCUCGCUCUGUGCUCCUCACCACCCUGGACCAUGGGGGCAAGCGCAGAUUCACCAUCAGCCCAUCCUGGAGGAAGACGAAACGUGAGCCUGCCCGCCACCCCCACCCCUGCUCAACCAAACUGAACAGGUCGGCUUUGGAGCCCAGUCCAGAGAGAGUGCUCUGCUCACACAUGUGGGAAUCAGACGGGGCCUCUGGCCAGCCCCACCGUGUACAUCUGUCAGAAAUUAUGUGACCUGGAGUCACUUUCUAACAGAAAGAAUUGCUUUUAUGUAGCUAAUACGAGUAGGAUCAAAAAUACUUUUAAACUGAAGUCAUUAUUGGUACACGUGUGUAUACAUUUUUGGUGAGCUAAGACUUUAUUAAAAGACUCAUUCAAAAUAUAUGAAGAACUCCAUAUCAGUAAGAAAAAGAUAAACAUCCCAAUUUUUAAAAACGGACAGAAGACUCAAACAGGCACAAAUGGACAAUAGGUAUAUGAAAUUAUACUCAACAGCUUUAUGCAUCAGUGAAACGCAAAUUAAAACCACAAUGACAUAUCACUACACACCCACCAGAGUGGCUAAAAAUCAAAAGACUGACAAUAUCAAGAUGCGAGGCAGUUGGAACUCUUACCCAUAGAGCUGCGGAGUGGCAGGGGGCGGAGUGUGAAUUGGUUUUAACCACUUUGGAAAACUGUGGCGAUUUCUACUAAAGUCAAAUGCCAGCAGUUCUACUCCAAGAGAAACGAGGGCAUAUGUUUGACAAAAGAUAUUCAAGAAUGUGUAUAGCAGCUUUAUGCAUAAGAGCCCACAACCUAAACGUCCAUCGAUGGUAGAACGGACAACUGUGAUACAUUCGUACAGUGGAAUGUACGAAUGAGUUGAGAAAGAAUGAACUACAGCUAUUCUCAACCAGACGCAUCAAUCUUACAAAUAAUAUUGGGCAAAAGAAAUGACGCGAAAGAGCCCAUACUGUGCAAUUCCAUUUAUUUGAAAUCAAGAACAGGCAAAACUAUUGUUGGCAGUAGAAGUCAGGUUUCCCUGUGUGUGUGUUGGGUGGCGGGGGGACAGACCGGGGGCCCCUGGCCUGCUGGAAGUGUUCUAGCUUUUGAUCUGUGUGGUGGUUACACUGAUGUAUAUAUAAGUAAAAUUUCAUCAAGUUGUUAACAACACAGUUUACUAAGGCUGGACAAGCGCUGGCUUGGGCCAGGCUUCGUACUGGGCCCACGGGGACGGCAGUGAUCAGUCUCUGACACAGUCUGGUCACUGUCUGGACAGCUGCCCUCUGCGUCACCUCUACUCACACACAGAAAAUGGCCUGUGGUGGUUUCACUUGGCUGGACCUGUCAUAACAAAAUACCGUCGCCAGUUCUGGAGGCUGGAAGUCUACGACCAGCAGGGCCGUGCUCCCUUUGCAGGCACCGGGAAGGGUCUUUUCCAGGCCUCCCUCCCGGCUUCUCGCGAUUCCUUGGCCUGUGGCAGCAGAACUCGUCUUCACAUGAUGUUCGCUCCCUGUGCGCACCGUCUGUCCAAGUGUCCCCGUUUGGUGAGGACACUGGUCAUGCCGAUCCGGGCCCAUCCAUAGUAUGACCUCACCUUUAGUUACAUCUGCAGUGGCUCUACUUCCAACUAAGGUUUCGAUCUGAGGUUUUGGGGGUUAGGAUUUCAACAUAGGAAUGGGGGGCACAGUUGAACCCCCACCCCUUGCGUUAUAAACUACGCUUCUAGCAGGACCCCACCAGGCAGCCGGGCCUGGAAGACAUGAGUCCUCUGGCCUGGCUGGUAGGAGAGGAGGAAGCUGUCGGUCGUGAAUAGAAUGGUGGGACCAGAGAUGUGCUUUGUGAAGCACAGGACCUGGCUUUGAACCCCAGCCUCCCUUAUCAUGAGGAUAACAGCGCCCACUGGUUAAGCACCGCCUGGGCAGGCACCAUGCUCAGCAUUUCGCAUAUACCUUCUUAGUCCCAAGCCUCACAACAUCUCAGCUGUAAAGCUGACGCCAGCUCCAGUCUGUGGAUGAGGCAAGCGGGGUGGCGGCCCAAAGACAAACAGCAAGAAAGCAGCAGGGCCAAGACGGAAACUCGGGGCCAGCCUCAGGGCCUUCUCCCACGGCACUCGGAGCCCCUUUUCGUCUCUCUGAACGCGUUUCCCUGUCUCUAAAUUGAGCUAAAGCAGAGUUGUAAGGACCAAGCAAGAUACCUUACCACCUGGCACAUAGCACGUGCUGGCUAAGAUUUUGUUUUUCUCGUCCCCACACCCCGCUGUGCCCACAGAGGGUGUUCACAUGGGCGAAGCCUUCCCUGCAGCCCUCUCCAGACCACAGUGACCAGGCUCGGGGCACAGUUCC